GCCAUAUGAAGCAGUAUAUCAGUGGAGAUCUUUAUAUCAACUUCUUGAUAUACUUUGCUGCAAAUACAAGCAAGCAUCUCAUUAAAAGAGAGACAUAUUGAGAGGGUUAUGAAUAUAUCAGAGAUUUAAGCACCACGACUCCUAUUCCCCUCCCCUUUCUCACCGCAAGAUCGACUCUCGCCAAAACCCUAACCCUAAUCCCCGGCCCAGCUCCUCCUCCGGCGAUAGCGGUUGGUUCUCCAGCGAUGAUGAAAUUCACACCAAUCUCUUCAACCAAACCUCUUCUCUCACCCUUAACAAUUGCGAUGAUGAAGACGAUGACGAUGAUGAGACUGAAGCCCUAAUUUCCUCCUCCACCGACUCAUCGGACAGUAUUAAUCUUAGGAAGAAGGUGGAGAAAUUGAUGGUUAAGGAGAGCUUCGCAGUGGUGAAGAGAUCCGACGAUCCGUACUCUGAUUUCCGGCGAUCCAUGACGGAGAUGAUUGUGGAGAAGGAGUUGUACGAGCCCCCUGCUUUAGAGGAGCUCUUGCAUUGCCUUCUCUCUCUCAACUCUCGCCAUCACCACCGCACCAUCAUCUCCACCUUCUCCGAGAUCUGGGAUGCUCUCUUUCCAAAACCCUUGAGAAGAGGUCGGCAUCAGCGCUCAAAGAAGUCUGCGGGCUCAUUUGCGCAUUUUCCUCAUCGACCACGACCGCAGGGAUGCUGGAUAUCAAUAUCUUCAGGGCCAAGAAAGGCUUUGAUUCCGAGCGCAUGUAUGCAUCAGCGCUCAAAGAAGUCUCAGCGCCGCCGUUUCGCCAGUGUCAAGGUCAUCAACGAGAUCAUUGGCCUUGACAAAGAAUGGCGGCAACAUCAAUUUGAGUUGGAGAUUCUUAGAAAAGACUUCAAUCGAAUCAACAAGGAUGUUGCACAUCUCAAAAUUGUGAAGGAGGAUGCGACGGAGAUGAUAAACAGCACUAAUGGAAACAAGAAAUUGACUGCGGAGAAGGAGAUUGAGGUUCAACAGGCGAAGGUUGCACUUGAUUCUAAGCUCGAGAUAAUUGGCAAUCUUGUGCAUGACUCUGUUCUUGUUAGCAGUGAUGAGGCAAACAAUGAAAUAGUUUGAGUAUGGGGUGAUAGACGUACAGAAGACAAGUUGAAGUAUCAUGUUGAUCUUGUCAAGCUUCUUUACAUUACUGAUCUUGAGAAAGGAACAAUACCUUUUUUCUCCUGUGUUUUGUUUACCUAUUGUAGUAUUUCUGUAAUUCCUAUCUUAUAAAGACUGAGGCUGGUGAUGUCCCUUCUCUUUUCUAUUCUUUUUUCUUUUUCUCAUUCUGUUUGUAGUUUGUAUUAUGGCUUUUCAUUAUCAAAAAAUUUGCUGUGUUCUUCUUUCUUGUGGAUUGUAAGUUGGUGCUUCUUGUGAAAAUGUGAUUAUCUAUUGACUGCUUGAUGUACAAGAUGUAAUUUUGAGAAUUUUUUUAAUUAUUAUUGGGAGGCUUUCUAUUGCCUCUUGCAUGUUUGUUACUUGUUCAUUGUGUGCCUGUGGGAGUGGGCGUAGGGUGUGGGGUGUUCUCUCCUAUCUUUUCCUUGAUUUCUCCCAGAUGUAUGUUCCCUUCCUAUAUGUGUUUCUAUUGCCUGAUGAUUGUGGAGAUAUAAUUUCUGUUACAUCUAAGGAUUUAUUGUUGUUACGUGAAUCUGAUCAUGUUAUCAAAUAUUAUUUAUACUAAGUCUUAGGAUUUUCUUGGAUUUCUUAUUAGUGAGGAAUAGUUGAUGCCCAUAUAAUACCGUAUUUUUGCAAUAUGGACACAAUGGUGCACCAACAGACAAGAUUAAUUGAAUUGCAUUGGAAGUGGAUAUCUAAAUAGUAUUUCAAAUUUUGUUUUCCCCCAUAAUCAUCUUAAUGUUUACUUGCACGAAGAAAUUUUAAAAUUUUUCAAAUUUGAUGCUUUUAGAGCUAAGAGACAUGCACGUCUUGAUGACAAUUUGAUAUUGAGCUAGGCAACAGAACAAAUAUCAGUUGUUAUAAAUGUAUUGCUUCGUUUUUUUUGAACUUUUAUAUGUUAAAUGAGAUCUUUUCCUUUUAAUACAUCUUGGAUUACUAAAUGCAUGCCUUUCAUUUGUAUGCAUACCGAUUAUGAUUGAAGUUGCCAUGGUGGAUUAUGGAAUUGAAUCGUAUGUUUCUAUGAAUUAACAUUUCCUGUUAAUAAAUGUAAUCAUGAGUCAAUUAGAAUUAAGAAUAAGCUUCUCUACCAGAGCUGGAGAUGUACUAUUACAUGUUUGUAUUGAUAUUUUUGAUUGAUCAAAAGAAUUACAAUGAGGUAACUCUUUUCAUGGUCAUUACUGUUUUUUGAUUGUUCACUUUUACGUGGAUGAGUUUACUCAUUUUCUUGUCUUAUUUUUACCAGGCUAAAGCUUGUUCCUCUGUAAGCAUUGCAGGCCUAAAGAACAUAAACAGAACUGUUGAUGUUUUAGCCUCUAAGCUGUCUUACAGCUAUGAACUUUCAAAUAGUCUUGCUGAAAUUCAUGGAUGCUAAGGAAAGCCUCCUGCAAUUUGCUAGAAAGUCGCCUGUUGCAGCUCAAGGUUUCCGAAUUCAGUGCAACAAGUGGGCUGUCAUUAGUUCGCCUGCUUCUUGGCGAAAUUCCGGAGAGGACUAUCUUCAUGCAGAAAGCGAGGAAGUUGAAGAAGAGGACCAUGGAGGCUCUAGAAGUGGUUUCAUUUUUUUAAUUUAUCACAACCAAAAGACGACAACAAGAAUCAGGUACGGUGUGUUGUUUUGAUUUUGUUCACUAGGAUAAAUAAAAGGUGUGUUAAUAGUGGUGUUGGUUUAACAUUUCUUAUUUUAAAUUUUUUUAGAAAAUUAGCUAGAAUCGCUAGCUUUGGGUUUAAUAGUGGUACUAUGUUCUUUUGUUUGAUUUUUUUUUUUAAAUGUUUGGUGUAUGGGUAGUCAGAGUUUAGAUCAAAGUGUUUUAAAUAAUUUAUCUGGUUAACUUUGAAUUUUUAGAUCAGUGAUACUGUACAAAUUGAAAAAGAUGAACAUACACAUUAGGUAAUAGAGCUGGCCAUGUUGGUUGAACCUCUUUAGCAUUAACCACUCAUUGUUACUACUCAAUGCUAUGCUUCAAUAGACUUUCUGCUACUGUCAACAGUCCAUACCAUUUAAAAGUUUAGUACAUUUCUGAAGUUCUUUCUAAUGAUUAUUUAAGUGAAUUAUGUCCAAGUAUUUGAUAAGAUCACUAUUUUAGUAGUUUGUGUCAUACUUAACAGUGGUGGUUGGAUUUCUUAAGUUGAUUUUUAUUUCUUAUUUUCAUAUUAUUUUCUAUAUGUUGAGCUCCAUAGUGUCCAUGUGCACGUCAAGAAGGUUGUCCAAGGAAGUUUUAAUUCAUUCAGAGCACUGUACAAGCCUUUUCUAGAAAAGUAUGCAUAUGAAGGAUUGCUAAAAGUUUAUUCUUUUUCUCAUUAGAAAGUAUCAAUUAAACAGGUUAGUUUCUUUCACUAGACUUCAAAUACUUAUUAUGAUUUGGAAACAAUUGCAUGUUUGGUGCACCCACUGCUAUUCAACUCAUUAAAACCAUUUACUCAUUUGGCUAUCUUGGCUUUCCGCCAUGGAAGCUAAACACAAAAUUUUAUGAAAUAGAAGCUUUUAGACAACAUAUUGUUAGGCCAACUGAGAAAACUGAAGCUUGAUAUAUCAUUUUUUUUUUCUUUUUGUCAAUGACAUACGGAUGCACUAAUGACUGUGUCCUAUUGGUAGGACACUAGUUUGUCUGUGA